CACAAUGCACAGCAGCACGGCUGACAGACAAGGGUUGUGUCGCCCUCAUUUUCACCAUUACUCCCCUAGRUUCGUGGAAACUUGUGAACGAACAGCAGCGGAGCGGUUCCGUUUCUCUUUGUAUAUAUCCACUGACUGGACUCUGUGAGGUUAAGAGACCGAUAAACGACGGGCAAGACGGUUUAACUUCUUCCAAACAUUGGAUUAUUAUAAAAGAGGCUGCAUGAAGGAGCUGCCCAGCCCAACGGGGGGCUCGAGUCGACCGACAUCCUGGAAAUUGACACCGAGGCUUUAAAAUUUGGGCCUUAGGCUUKAUUUUUUUCUUGUUGUAAAGGAAGACUGAAACGAUAGUUCCCCGUGAUUACGAGGGGUGUCAAUAUUCGUUAGAUGAUUCACAUUUUAAGAAUGCCAUAUGUAAUCUUUGUUUAACAUCUAAAGGAUUUUUGCGGUUGAUUUAUCGGGCUAACGCUAGCCGCAGUGCUAACGUUACGUCUUUCUUUUGAUGUGAUGUGAAUUCAACCAUCGGCCGUCAACAUCUCGACAGGAGGAGGAAAAUUAGCUUUUUACUAGUUAGUUAGCUUCCAGAUUCACUGCUCGGUUUGACAGACAUUAUGGAUACGUUGCAACAAUACCGUCAGCUCCUUUAAUUACUGUCCAAAAAAUUUGUAAUAUUACGCGUUAGCCGUGYUAGCAAAAAAGAGCUAAUCACCGACCUAACGUCAACAAUCCCGAACCAGACAGCUCUUUAAACCAUUAAGAUUUAACUUCAGUUGUCAAGAUUACCACGUACAAAUUUACAUUAUUACCAAACUGUAUGAUUUUAAUAAUACACUUAUUAGUGUAAUUAGCUUAUUUGGUGUUAGCCCAGUAAGGUUUUUAUUUGAUAMUAUAUCCUGUUAGAUACAUUUUUUCCUGUUUACAUGUGUUUAUCAUCUGUAAAUAAUAGUCCGCGGUAGAAUUGGGUAUGUCCUUUCUGUGUUAUGUCGUGGAUCUGAGUUUGUGUUCGGAUUUAUUGAAAUGACACUAAAGUUUCGCAGAAAGACGGGCGCUGGUGCCAGUAGACUGUUGUCAGAGGACGGUAAAUAAUAAGAGCCCCUGGUUCCAUUACACCGUUUAACGGGGGGUCCAGUUGAAGGCCUGUGUGGCUUUAUCUUAUUUAUUUUUUAUUUUUUUCCCCCUCUGCGGUUCGGUGCCUUCAACCGGACCGGGAAUUAAAUAAAGUGCCUUUGGUCCUGUUGGAGUUACAAAGGGAGGCGGUGUUCGAACAUGGAGGGCCCGAGCAGAAGCGCUGCACUCAGACAUAACCGUCGGUCCCGUUCCCAGCGCGACAGGGAGCGGCGGCGGAGGAGGGUGGACCUGGCCGACGCCAUGUCCCUGUCCUCGGGCUCCGAUCGUGAGACUCGUGGGACCAACAGCGUCCUCGGUCCCGGUGGGAGGGAGUGUCGGCCCGGAUAUGGGAGACACAGGCCUCCACGUCGGAGGAAGAGGGAGUCCGUGUCCUGCGAGGAAGACAUCAUCGAUGGCUUCGCUAUCGCCAGCUUCAUCAGCUUGGAGGCUCUGGAGAUGGACUGUUCUCUUAAGCCCAGUCAGCGCAACGAUAUUCUGGGGAGGAGAACCAAAGGAAAGAGGGGCCCGGAGGAAAACGGYGGAGGGCCGUUGUCGGAGCCCGAAGAAGGAGCCCCACCAAGCAACUCCAGCAGCUGCUGGAAGAAGAAUAGUAAUAAAAGAAGGAAAAUAGAGGGUCCUCACUUGGAAACUGGUUACAUUUGUGACACUGAGAGUGAUGCAGGAGACAAGGCCUCCGAUAAUGACAUGGAUCCAGUGUUCACAGUCAGCACUAGAAAAGUUGUGGAUCCUGCUCCUGCAAACAUGAGCACAUCCGUGGGUAAAACGUGCCCCCCUCUGUCAGCACGCUGUGGAGGGGUGUCACGCUUGAUGGUGACCCCGCGAGUGUCCGGCCUGGAGCGAAGUCAGGAGAAAAGCCUGGAGCUGCACUUCCCAGAGCCCAUUUCUUCUACCUCUUCAGUUUACCUUCCUCGCCGGUCUUCCCACUCUCCGGUCGCCGCCUCGAGCUCUGUCCCGCGGUCCAGCCCGAUGAACGGGAACAGCGCUCGCCAYGGCAGCCCGCCACUCUCCAAACCCAAACCCUUCCUCACUUUGCCUUCACGGUCCCACCCUAUUUACAACAGGAGCAGCACCCCAGUCAAGCCUCCAUCAUCUGCUGCCUCAUCCUCCUCAAUGCGUCCUCCUACUCCCUCCACCAGUGUCUCUCUGCCCUACAGUCGAGGUUCGGGCUCCUCUGGGCCCAUCCGACCCCCUUCUCGAGCCAACUCGGGGGCCAUGUUCACUCCCUCACCCGGUCUGCCUCCUCCUCCACCUCUGCUACCUCCUGCCAACUCAACAGCAGCAGAGCACGAGGGCAGACGCAGCGUGCCAGGGGAUGAAAAUAACUCGACGGCGACGGGCCGCGCCACCCCCGGUGCUCCGUCGGCGUCGAGCUCCGCCUCAAGCUCCUCCGGCCGGACGUCCCAGAACCAGACGAGCAUCCAGCCGCUGGCCUUCCAGUUCCAUCAGCACAACCACCAGCACCAACACACGCACACACACCAACACUUCACACCCUUCCUGCACCCCUCAGCCACCGCACCUCCUCUGUUCGAGAAGUAUCCUGGCAAAAUGGACGGAAUGUAUCGACAUCCUUUCUUUCCACAGUACCCGCCACCCUCAGUGUCAAGUAUCCAGCCUGUGAUUCCUCCCACCGGACCUUUUAGCUCCUUGCAAGGAGCAUUUCAGCCAAAGCCUCUUGUCCCUCAGGGAACGGCUCCUGAUAUCACCGCACGACUUGGGGUUGUGCCUCACCACCUGCAGCCCAAAGACCCCAGGCUAACUGAUCCUUUUGGGACAUCGUUGAAAAUCAGUAAUAAACCAGGAAAAUGGUGUGCUAUGCAUGUAUAUGUGGCCCGGAUGAUUUUAAACCACCAGAGAAAUGUAAAGCUGAUGCAGGCUGAUCCUCACAAGUUGGACUUUCGGAGUGAUCCACUGGCCCGUUUUCCUGGAGCUGUGGGUCUGGGCCAACUGGGUCCUUUGCCUCCAACUCACGACUUGACCAGACCUCCCACUCUCUUCCCAGCUGCAGGUGCAGUCAAUCCAUCUUUAGCUCCUUACAUCUCCUCCCCAGCAGCACACUCCUCAUUCCUCCCACCGGCUGCUCACUUAGGUAGGAGAAGCUUUAAAGAUCCAUAUGGUCGUUCCCCACCCUUUACUCCACUUGGAGCUCUUGGUUCUGGUGCCUUUGGAGGACUUGGCAGCCCAACACUGGCUGGCUCUGUGUUUGGCCCUAAAGACCCACCGCCCAAUGCGAUUGGGGGUUUGUCCAACUCCAACCAUCACGACCCGUGGAACCGUCUACAUGGUGGUCCUUCUGGAUUCCCCGCAGCCCACAGCUGGGCUAAAGCAGCAGAGAAAAGGGACGAGAGGGAUCGRGGGAAGGACGGAGAGAGAAGAGAGAUCCUCCACAUCAAGGAUGAAAAGGACAGAGACAACAUGCUGUAUGGCCGACAACCUGUGAGAAUGUCUCCAGUCGCGCCCUCCUUCAAGCCUCGCAGUAGCACCCCAGUCUCCCACAUAAACGGACACAGCAGUGCCCUGGGGGGGAGUGGUGGACCCAUGGAGGACCUGACACGCAGCCUUAAGAGAGACAGAGACGGAGACAAGAGGCCAGUGCCAACAGUGUCCUCGAGAGGUCCCCCUCUUGGCCCUUCAUCUUUAGUAGCAGACAGGGACAGACCGCGGUCUUCCUCAUCUUCAGUGCUCACUACUCCGCCACCUUCCAGCCGCUCCAUCCCGUCUCCUCUGGACCUUUACCCUCGCUCACAGACUCAGAUGGUGCACAGCCUCCACAGCGACCCUUCACACCCCCAAAGAGACAGUAACCUCCCUGCUUCGUCCACAGCUUCUUCCUCUGCUGCUGCUUUGUCUCAGAGCAAGAAGCCCGACCGCACCACAACGCCUCACUCUAAAGCUCUGCCUUUCCCGACAGUUAAAGUCAAAGAGGAGAAGAAGGAAGAGCCAGAGAACUCCAGCUCUCUCCAUCCUUCUGUGCCCAGUCACAGCUUCGAACGCCCCAACAGCCACUCACACCACCACAGUUCUGGCACUCCUUCAUCUUCCUCGCUGUCGCUGACUCCCACGCCCCUCGCACCACCCACUUCAAACACUCCCUCCCACCUGCCCCUGAUGGACCGCUCUAGAGCUAUUGAAGCACUGAUCGCCGGUCCAGAACGUUUUUCGCACGGUCACCCUCAAGGACCUCCCCAGGGUCCACACAGCUUCACCUGGGACCCCUGGAGAGAUGCUGCAGUUCAGCAUCGCAGGGAAGCUUUAGCACUUCAGUCAGAUCCGCAUCUCGCCCUGCGGUCUGGUCCGCACCUGGCCCGGCUUUUCCAUCAGAGACAAUUUCUAGAGGCAGAAAGGGCUGCAGCUGUAGCUGCAGCAGCCGCCGCGGCUGCACCUCAGCACCCUCCCAUUUCUACCUCCACUCCCUCCUCCUCUGCGGUUCGCCAGGAGUUCGGCCUGAUGGCCUUUGAUCGCACCCCUAACAUGCUCAUUGACGAGGAGCAUCGAGCCCAGAUCCUGAGGGAAAACUUUGAGCCUGCUCGCUACUUUGGGCUACACCCACACCUCCCUCCUGGCUCUCACCUUUCAAGCCCCGCCGCCGCUCACCUGGAGCAGCUCCAACAUGGCCUUCUCCCCCACCACCUCCCCUCCGGACCCGGCGCUGCUCCCCAUCACCACGGCCUGUACUCCCGUCUUGGUCCCAUCGCCCCGCACCACAUGCCCAACGGCAUCUUUUCAAAGACCACUGCAGACUUAGUGGGAGCUCUGUCAGUGGGGGCACCACCUCCGCUCAUUCCGUCCAUCACCAGUCGAUCGGCCACGCCUCCUCGUGGUUCCAGACUCGGAGGGCCAGGUGAGCUGGCGCUUUACAGCACCCACAAAGAUGGAGAGUCCAGAUAGUACUGGGACAACACUGGAGGAGAUGAAGGGAAAUGUCAGGAUCACUGUGCUGCUCUCAAUCUGUCCACUUUUCCCCUUAGAGACUACUAAACCUUCCUAAAUACACAACCAAACCAGCUCCAAACACCCAAGGAAAAAUAAAUAAAUAAAGGAAAGAACACAAAGAGUAACCACGAUAGGCUGGAGCUGAUGGUUGGGAUGAAAAUGCAAGACUCUCAAAAUGCUUGUUGCUUUUAUCAGUGCAAUUUAAAGGUACAUGGUUUCUGUACAUCCUUUUGUGUAUUUUUGUUUUGUUGCAGGUUGUUAAUUACAGUUCUGAGUUUUAGAAGCUGUAAGAAGAAGCAGAAGACCGAUUUCUUUUGUAUAUUGGGUGAUUUAUGAUCCAGCCUGUUUGGGGGUAUUCGAAUCGACUUCCAGAGAGUCAAACAUCUUAAAUCGAUGUUUUCAUCUUCAGCUUGGUUUAACAUUUUAACAUCCUCCAGUUUUUAGCAUAAAUUAAGUAGAAGGGUUUUAAAAACAACAGUGAAGUGGUGCUUCUUCGUGGUUUUGUCCGUUGCUGAGAAAAGACAGAUCUGUGAUGAGACCAUUUAAUUAGYAUCAGUAAACAUCAUACCUCAGUUUCCUGGUUUACCCAAAAGUAUAACUCCAGACUUUCACCUUUACUGAUAAUUUGUUUUUGUUUUCRAAGGGGUGUAUGGUAAAAUGAACUGUGCUACACUGUGUGUGAGAGUGAMCACAGUAUUUUAGAGCUUCCUUUAACUGUUUCCCAUUCUCCUCUUGACUAUAUGAGCAGGACCAGAUUAUAGUAGUCUAGAGAAAUUGCCUUUGUAAUUAUUAUUCGCAACAUUAAUUAUCUUCUAUAAUAAUAAAUAUAUUCAUUGUUACGUUAUUUGUCAUUGUUUGSUUAUCAACCAGCACUCUCUCCACAGGAAGUAAAUCAUGCUGAAGGCUUGCUUCACGGGAACCUUUUUAAUGCUUGUGGACAUUUAAAAGCCUUAUCCGUGGCAGCCUCUGGCCACUUCAAGGAUCUGAACUGAGCUGAGAGCGAGGUUUGCCUUCGAGUCACUGGUUGUGCGCUGUUUGUUGGGACUGUGGGAGCCCUGUACAUUGAACUGUCGAGUUGUUUCGUCAACAAAAAUAAGUUAUAUACACGGGGGGAAAAAAGUGGAACAUCUGCUGAAGAACUGAAAACAAAAGGACGUGUCAAAAUGCAACAGUGGGUGUCCUGAGAGGGAAAAGACUGGGUCGGAUAUUUUAUUAUGACCAUUUUAUACCUUUCAAACCCUCCCCUAGAGACCACAAAGAAUAAUUAUUAAAUGAAUUGUUGUUUA